ACCGUGAUCUUGACUCUGGUCGUCUCGCCAGUGCAACUCGCGACCCUGACGCUGAACUCGCGUUCUUCGCGGAAUUUGUAUGAAAUGCAGACCCGAUGGAUCAGUUUUGGAGUGCAAUUAUCUGCACAGUUUUAGCAGUGCAGGAGUUAAUAAAAAUAAAAAGACAGCAAACAGGGCAAGGUAAUUUUGGAUGUCACGUGUGUUAAACAACUUCAGUUUCAAUUUAACUUCAUAUCGAACAAUAUUAUUACUGUAUUUAAACCGCGAUUUCUAUUAAUAACAAAUGUUACCAAAAGUACUAAUUGACAUGGAAGAGCUUUUUAUCUUGCAAACCCUCUUUGUCAGCUUACUUUUUACAUGUUUUCCCCACUUUUUUGCUAAUCCGCGACAAGCCCAGAGCGACAAUACAAUUAAUAUAAUAAUAAUAAUCACGUGAGUGGACGAAAUUGUUUACGAAUCGCAAAGUAGUUCAUGUCAGAAUUGGCUCAACAAAGGCUCAGCGAAAGUCAUUUGGAAUCCCCGGCAACAAGACAACCUUGAAUCAGGCAUAAAAAUCAUCUCGCCGCAAUGCUGCGCUUAAGUUUUAAUUAUAUUUUCUGGUGAAGUGAAUUCUUGCGAAUUCUGUGCAAUUUUCCAAAAUUGCUCAUUGCACUGCUGAAAAUAUUCAAUCUUGCGGUUUUCCCCAUCAAUUUUCCUUAUGACAUUAUUUAUUGGCUGCACAUAUAAUUGAAUUUCGUUUAAUAUUCGAUGCAUGCAACGGAAAAUGCCGCACGAGGAGGAAAUGUAUCGACGGAACAGCCAAGGAGGAUGAUUGAGAGAUUUAUUGAUAGACUUGAAACUCACGCGGAGUUUGCACGAGAAAAUAUUGUAAUUUGUUUUUUUCUGAUGGUGUGUCCCAAUUGGGAAGCGGAAUUGUAUGUGGAAAAUGCAAUAAAUAAGAGCAAAAAAUUGAAUUUUCAAAGUUACACGCAUCGUCAAUGUCCUCCAUUGUGACAUUUUGGAAUUUCCUUCAGAAGUGUCUCGGGAUUUUAAUUGCGUUCUUUUCAUCAUUUUUAUUCUCCUCGCUUUUCCAAUUAUGUGUGUAUUUUUUUGUUGUUGAGGGGGUUAAAUUCUCCGCCACUUCUUCAUUAGCAUCAUCUUAUUUGGACCGCAAUGAAUAUGAAAUGAAUUUAUUCACCAAAGUUUGAAAGUGCACAAUAAAUUUGAUUUGCAAAUCACACAGAAAAGAGCGGAAAAAAGGAAACUUUGUCUCUCAAGUUUAACUCAAUAAGAAGUUAAGGAAUUUUCUAUUAGAAUGUUACAUUGUUAAGUUGUAAUUUGGUUUCUGACACGCGGUGAAUUAUUUAUUGAUUGAAAGGCAAUUGUGAAGGAGUUUCAUUAAUGGCUAUUGUUGUAUAAUUAAGCUCAUUGCUGGAGCGUGACAAGCCCCUUUCCGGUUAUCUUAAUGCAUAUUUUAAUGUAUGCAAACUGCUAUCGAGCCUUUCUCCAGAUUGAGUCGUGUUAUCAAACUAGUGAUUAUUUUGCAGUUUUAUGUUGUAGAAAGGAAUUGAUUGGAAUUACAGUGAAAUAUGUGUGUUUCUCUUGAGUCUCUGAAUAGACAAUAGAGUCUUCUGCGAAGGUUUUGUCUGAUAAGCACACAUCGUAUAUUAUCAGAAUACGCAAGGUUGAUCUCAAUAUACGAUUCACGACUGCAGAAUUUAGUACAAAUCCACACCUUUUGCCGGGAAUUAUGUGUGCUUGUGCAGCAGGUGAAAUCGAUACUGAGCAAUGGUGACAAUCACGACUUUGAAAGUAUACAUCCGAUCUCCAGCCUCCACAGCAGCACGCGAAGAUGUCGAUAGAUUUGUUGUAAAUUCAAUGCUCAUGAUUAAUAUGUUCACAUAAACGCUAUAUGCAAAAUAGGCUCGCCGAAUACGUUAUGCAGAUUGAUUUGUGUGCCGGGAAAAAGAUUCUAAUUGGGGCUUUUGUGGGUGUUGCGAUCUUGUGAGAAUGGUGACGAUGUUCUCCGGAUGCGCGAUGGGGUGAAUGACAAAGGCUUUUCUCAUGCAGAAACAUGUGUGUUAUCACCCAUUGUCGGCACUCUUGACAUGGAUACAAGAAGAAGCGAAUAUCCCACAGAGAGUGAGGGCAAAAUCGAAACAAUCCACACAAGAUCUGGGGGAGACAACGUUUAGUCAAGUUGUUGGCAAAGUUGAAUAAAUAAUCAUGACCCUGAACGAUAAACGAUAAAUCAAAUGACAUGAGAACAAAAAGGGAAUAUAAAUUCGCUUUUGCGUAAUUUAGAUUGCUUGCAAGCGCGCCACUCUUGAGCAUAAGAUUGCUCUGCAGAGAGCUCGGAAGGGAGGAGAGGAAUUACAUCUUGUGACAAUGCAAACUGACUGACCAGCUUCCCAUAUCAGAUCCGACGCGAUGCUGUGGCGGGGCGCAAUGCAACCAGCUUAUAUAAAGACUCAGCACACCUUCUCAUUCUUGAUAUCGAAGUCAAUCGCACACCUCCGAAGUGGAUGACACCCAGCAUCGCUCUUUCAGCCCGUGCGCAAGAGAAGUUGUUGGGAAACUCUCAGUCGGAGUGAGAUUACAUUAUUAGCCUGUGUGUUGCCCAUCCCCUUUUGUUAAAGCACCCUUCUUCACCGUCAUCUGAGUGUCUAGCAAUCGCUCUCUAUUGUGUGUCCUUGCAUGUGAUUGUGAAGUUGUUGUCUCUCCUUAUCACACUGUCUUAUCACUACCAAUCGACACACGGCAACCAUGGAAGUGCAAUUUCAGCCAAAAGCCCAAUUAAAUUCCCAAUCGAAGGCAUUCAAUGAGGAUUUCAUCGAAUAUGGGAUUUCCAAUUUGCUGUCGCUGCGAAGAGGAAUUGGAGUGGCGACGCAAAAGAUGUCUUCUCCAUCAGCAAAUGCAACAAAAAUCCGCUAUGAACCAGUCACAGACAAGGAUACCGAAGAGAUUCUGAGACUCUUGAAGACAUUCUUUUUCAAAGAUGAACCAUUGAAUACGUAUUUGGAUUUAGGAGAAUGCAAAGAAUUGGAGCUUUACUCAACAAAGUGCAUCAAAGAGAAAUGUUCCUUCAAAGCAGUAAAUUCCAGGAAUGAAAUUGUUGGAGUUUUCCUCAAUGGACUCAUUCAUAGGCCUAAAAACGGUGAGGAGCCCGUGAAGCUGGCUGAUGGCUGUGAACACAAGAAAUUCCGGAAAAUCAUGGGUCUCAUGGACUUUAUUGAUACAAAAUUCAAUCUCUUCGAUUUAUAUCCGGACGUUGAUGUCGUGCUGGAUGGAAAAAUCCUCUCAGUGGACAGCAAUUAUCGUGGGAUGGGCAUUUCUGUGGAGCUGACAAACUGCACAAUUGAGUACAUGAAG